CUUGAAUGUCACUCCCUUCCUUAAGGCGUUGCUGUUGAAGAACCUCGUCGUCCGCGUGGUGUCAUGAGAUUGUCGGUGCAGAUAUGGUCAUUGUUAUAGUUUGCCGAUCGUGAUGUGAUCACUUUGGCCUUUUUCUUUUUUCCUCGCCUACGCAUAGCUUUGGUCUUGUAUGACUUUGCUAUCUGUCGGCGUGUUUUUGUGUGCGUGCGUUGGUGUUGGCUGUGUGCAUCCUAGCUAUGCAGAGACCGGGUGUGUGCUCAUUGUGUUUGUAUCUUUUUGAUGCUCCAUUUUGAGUCAAUAAAAUCCACCCUUUAUCGAAAAUAUUAGACAGGUCAGUAAACAAUGCCUAAAUACCAGUGCAUGUCACAUCCAUCGAGGUGACAUCUGACUAAAAAUAGGAGUGUAUUCACGGUUGCAUGGUUCUCCAAACAUUAUUCAUCGGUGUUUAUAUGUAUCUUAGCGGUUUUCCGUUAUCCCAGCUAAGUACCGUUUGAUCCACGGGUGAUGCCUUGAUAAUGGUCUUUCCCUUGUCCACGAUCAGAGGGUGUAGCGCCAAGCCACCGCCCUAUGCAUUAAUUUGAGGGUUAUAUCGUCCUUAAUCGUUGCUUACCUUAUUUUAAGUACUCAGCUUAUGAUCGUGCAUCACGUCCAGCAUGUGAGGAAGGACGGCAUUCUGGUUCACUGUAUCCCUUGUGUUACUUGUGCAGGAUUAGUGCUCCGUGGAGCUUUACUGUGGGUUUACUUUAGUUACACUUCGUACUACGACAAUCUCUGCAGCCAUUCUCUGUUCUCAACACUCUUCUUGCGUACUGGUUGCUUAGCAUGCACCCGGAUUAUGGAUUCAUCAACUUAUAAUUAAUCUUCUGAAACCUCUACACUCCAUAUGAACAUUGUACCUAAAACCUAUCGUUAUUUUCAAUCAUUUUUAGUUCCGGAUAAAAAUGGCUUCUUGGCGUCAUCUUGAAGUCAAAUUUUUCAUCAAAAGUCAACCUCAAGAGAGCAUAGCCACCCCGCUGACUUUCUGCCCAUGAUCUCUUCUAUAUAAAGCGUGACCCUUGAGAGACAUUCCCUCCACACAACAAGCGCAUCCUUCAGCUACCUGCUAAUCAAGAGCAACGAGCCAAUAAGCAAACCGUCUGCAUCUGCAUUACUUCUCGUCUCCACAAUGGCGAACGCCACCCUGCUUCUCCUCAUCACGGUGCUGGCCACGACCAGCGGCAUUGUCUCAGCCACGGCAGGCGCCAGCGUGAGCCCCGGGCCGCCGGCAAGGAGGAGCCGUUUUCUGCUCGUUGGCGGCGCUGCCCACCUGCCUCUGUCAGCGUACGAGUGCUCGAAGAAGUCGGCUGAAGCAUGCCUUGCGACGGGGACGACGUGCUGCAGCGGCCAGUGCGUGGACACCGCCGCCAGCGCCCAGCACUGCGGCGGCUGCAACAAGGACUGCAAGCAUGGCCGGACGUGUUGUGGCGGGCACUGUGUGGAUCUGCUCUCUGACAAGAAGAACUGUGGCACCUGCUCUAACCGAUGCAACAACAAGUGCAGCUACGGCUUCUGUGACUAUGCGCAGUAAUCCGAGUUGAACACUAUUGUCUGCUGUCGAAAGUCUUAGCUGAAGAUCUGCACUAUAUAUAGUGCAUGCGCAAGCAGAAGCAAGGGAGGCAUUGAGCUACAGUUUCCCAACGUACCGAUUUACUAUAAUUAUUGUCAGCCCUUCUAAUACGGCCUGAAAUUGUGAUAAUUGGUAUUGCUGCCGUUGUAGCAGUGGUAUCCGCUAGUAAUAACGUUUCUGAUUAACUGGAAAAAACAGUCAUAUCAGUUUAUCUACCCGUGAAUCAAAACAAAACUGAUCAAAUCCGAACUUCUUGAGAUUGCGAUUAAUUAGUGAUUUGUUAGCCAUCCUGCAAGUUUGUCAGUGCAGAACCCAUACUUUAAUCGACAUCCUUUAAAUGCAAUUACAGUUACUUCAAAAGAGAAUGUACAUGCAUACAUGUUUUAAAAAUUAUGAGAAGGCCAAAACAAUAAAUAUGAAAUUCUAUAACUUUACAUUACCAUCUUAAAACUAGAAAAU